AUGGCCUCGUACUACCACUUCAACACCCACCAGCAACAUCCCACACCGUCCACAGCCUCGGCUGUCUCGCACAACCACCAUGGUGGCCGGAAUCGCCGGGGCCCGAGGCUCUCCGUCUCCCAGAACUCGCAGCACAAGCAGUUCCGGGGUGUCCGAAGUAUGAAAGAGCUGUCUGAGUCGCAGUCUGUGUCGAGCUUUCGCUCAAAGUACGAACUCGGCCGUUCCUUCGACCUUGAGGACGAUCUGGAGUUCUGCCCCGGCCUCGUCACCGAGAGUGAUUUGGCUUACAGUGGCUCCGAACGAUCAUCCCUGGCCAGCAACUCCCCCACGGGAUCACCAACGCAACAGCCCCAACAAGUUGCUGCCUCCUACACACUCAACUCGUCCUCUCCCGCGUUCCUCCCGCCCUCAUUCCAGGCUCACCACUCUCACCCUAAACUACACCAGCCAGCCGCCACCAGGGCCCGCAAUGCCAUCCCCAUUAUCAACCCUGCCAACGGCCAGGGCCUGACCAUGCCCUCGCCGCCCUCGUCGGUCUCGCCAUCGGUCCGGAUGCAGCAGAGCCUUCGCUCCCGCUGGUAA